GAAUAUUGUUGAACUCGCCAAAUACGAGGAGUACAGUUAAUAGAAUCUCGAAAGCUUAACGAUUCAAAGGUCGUGUCAACUCCAGAAAUCUACUUGUUCGUCGACGAAAAGGUUUAAUUACUAAUUAGUCACGAAAAUUGCAAUUUAGCGAUCUCAAUUGUUCAAGAAAAUCAGUGAAAGGACUAAUGUGUAGUUUUCCAAUAGUAUAGUGAUUACAUUUAACAAAAAAAAAAUGAAGUAGUGAGAGACGCACUGCGGGCCGCGGGGAGUCACAAACGCCGAGUCGCCGACCAUGGCUCGCCGAUUUAGUCCUCCCAAACAACCAUCGUCGGCUAAUGUCAUAAACCAGUUGGUCCCAAUAACUCGAGUUGUUGGGAGAAGGUUAUGCUGGAUCUUAUACCACUCUCUAACACGCCCCCUCAAACGAAAGCCAACCCAUGGGCUUGAAGUUUGCACAGGCCCACCAUACCAUGUGCUUGAAAGACAACGGUUAAUAUUGGGGGUCGUGGAGAUUCGAACACAUAACUUUUCAGUUUUAGGCUUUGAUACCAUGUCAUAAACCAGUUGGUCCUAAUAACUCGAGUUGUUGGGAGAAGGUUAUGCUGGAUCUUAUACCACUCUCUAACAACUUCGGCCAACAUUUAUCAGGAUCGCCAUCCCGACGAGCUCGGUCCACCGCCGGGGUGUGAAAUCGUGCCGCCGCCGCCGCUUCAAAGUCCCGACGAAGCGCAGAGGAAGGAUCAAGGUUUGCGGGUGUGUUAGAGCUCAAGGUGAGUUAUGCAAAUAUAGUAAGAGCUGGUUUCAUGGCUAGCAUGGGGUAAACAAGUUUCUGUCUAGAACUCUGAGUUUGGGCAAGUGCACAACCAGCAUGCUGGCCUUGUUUUGCUAAGUUAUGUUGUUACUUCGAGCUUCCAUCGAUGGCUCUACAGGGACGAUUGGGGUCGGUGCAACAAGCCUCGGCAGCUACUGUAGUUGAAGGGCUACGAGUUAAGUAUCUAAAAACUUAUCUCUGUUUGCUGUUUCUCGAACUCAAAUGCUGCUACAGUAUGUUAUUGUAUCAACUCCUUUGGCGUUUCAAACUAUUACUUCAAGCAAAACGUUGCUACAGUAUGUUAUUUACUGGGUCCCAGAGUCCUAGUGAUCAUCCUAUUGCUAUACAAAAGCUAAUCAUCCAUCACCUACUACAUAGAACAAACAAAACAGCAUCAAUAAUGGCAGAUGAUCGGAAGCGGAUUGCCAUAAUCGGAGCAGGAAUCAGCGGCCUGCUCGCCUGCAAAUACGCCCUCUCAAAGGGUUUCCACCCCACAGUCUUCGAAGCCCAGAACGGCGUCGGAGGGCUCUGGAACAAGACUCUGUCCACCACCAAGCUCCAAACCCCGAAAACAAUCUUCCGAUUCUCCGACUUCCAGUGGCCGGACUCUGUCACCGUCGAGUUCCCUUCUCACGACCAAGUCCUCGAUUACCUCCGAGGAUAUGCUGAUCAUUUCUGCCUGUCAAAGCACAUCAAAUUCAACACCAAAGUCCUCAGCAUCAACUACAAGGGAGUUUCGGAGGAAGGGAUGGAGAAGUGGAGCCUCUGUGGAGGGAAAUGGGAAGUGGAAGUUUCGACCGCCGGUGGGAGUUCGGCGAGGAGUGAGGUUUACGAAGCAGAUUUUGUGGUCCUCUGCUUGGGGAAAUACAGCGAUGUCCCGCAUAUUCCCGAGUUUCCUCCUGGGAAAGGACCUGAAGCGUUUCAGGGGAGAGUGAUUCAUUCCAUGGAGUAUUCUGAUUUGGAGGCAGAGGAAGCUAAAGAGUUGGUUAAAGGGAAAAAAGUUGCUGUCGUUGGAUUCCAGAAACAAGCUCUGGAAACCGCCAUGUUGUGCUCUGAAAUUAACGGUAAAGAAAAUCCCUGCAGAGUACUGUACAGGACAGAGCACUGGAACAUCCCUGAUUUCCAGGCAUGGAGUUUCCCAUUGGCGAAACUGUACUUCAAUCGGUUUGCAGAGCUAUUGAUUCACAAACCUGGAGAAGGGCUCUUCCUCCGUCUUUUGGCCACCAUUCUUUCUCCAGUCAGAUGGGCGAUCUCCAAGUUUGUGGAAAGCGAUAUCAAGCACAGGCAUCAACUGGCGAAACACGGGAUGGUUCCGAAGCACAGUUUCCUUCAGGCGAUCACGACGUGCCUGGUUUCGACGGUCCCGGAGCAAUUCUACGACAGGGUCGUAGAUGGAAGCAUCAUGUUGAAGAAAGCUCCGAGCUUUAGCUUCUGUAAGGAAGGGAUUGAAGUCGAAGACGAUGAAAAUUCGGUACUUGAGGCCGACGUGGUGAUAUUGGCUACCGGUUUCAACGGCGAGAAGAAGCUGCAGGACAUUUUCGGAUCGGAGAACUGCCGGGAGGUCAUCGCCGGCGACCAUCCAAACGCCGUCGUUCCUCUUUACAGGGGAUGCAUACCUCCGAGAAUUCCGCAGCUGGCGGUAUUGGGAUACUCGGAGAGUUUCAACAACUUGUUCACGUCGGAGAUGAGGGGACGGUGGCUGGCGGAGCUUCUGGCGGGGAAGUUUAAGCUGCCGGCGGUCAAGGAGAUGGAAGAGGAUGCGGCGGAGUGGGAUGCGUAUCUGAAGGAAUACGGCGGCGAGUUCUGCAAGAGAUCGUCCGUUAGCGCUAUCCACAUAUGGCACAACGACCAGCUGUGCGUGGAUAUGGGCUGGAAGCCCCGAAGAAAGAAUGGGCUCUGGGCCGAAUUGUUUGAGCCGUACGGCCCAAUGGACUAUGUUUCCCCUAGACCAGUCACUAAUUUUCCCACCUUGCGACUUUGUAGUUCAUAAGCAAGAGAUUUCUCAUUAAUUUGUUACAUAACAAUGGUUCCAACGGAUAAUUUAAAGUUGAGAAUUCAGUUAAUUUCUUCUCAAUUUAAUUUGAUUCCUCUCAUUAUUCAAUCAACGUCAUCAAAUAAACAGAACUUCAAACCGAAUUCUACAAACAUAUAAGUAUUGAUGGAUACUUUCUGAUUUUAUAAUUUUAAAAUAAAACAUUAUUCCAUAA